AUGAUUCCAACGAGUUACACCACAGUUUUCAGAAGACAUCACAAAUCAAGAGGUUUUCGGGUCAACCCGAAAAGAUUUUCAGUUCAAGGGUUACGUACAAAGUUAUUUAAUUUCUUCAAGAUUCUUAUAAGAUCAUGGAAGUCGUAUUCUUCUUCUUUGUUAUACACCAAAAGCAGGUCGAAGAGAUGUAGCAAGGUAAGAGAUUGUAGUAGCCCCAAAAGCACAGUAACGACAGGGAAUGUUGAUCAGAGCUAUGUUUGUAGGUUAAGAUCGAAUUCUUUCUAUGCAGAAGCCAUUGCUGAUUGCUUGGAGUUUAUAAAGAAUUCUUCUGUUUCUUUAGAUGAUAAGUAUUUGACACAUUAUAUGUUGGAUAUUUCACAUGGGUGUUGA